UCCAUCGUAGUGCUCGUCUUAGAUGCAGCCUUGGGUACAUCAGACUCCAGUGCUAUGCCAUUUUCUGCUUCAAGCUACAAAACCGUGAAGUCAGAGCCAGAUCUGAGGAGCAUCCGAAAAAUCAUGUGGAAACCAACUCCAGGUUAAGAAAUCCUCUCAAUGUCGUCGUGGAGAAAGUUGGUAAAACGCGAGCCAGAGUUCACGGGGACGUGAGCGUCGAAAGCCUGAAGGAAUUGUUGAUGUCAUCGUUGUCGCUUUUGCCAAAUGCAAAGCAGGCUGAUGCCGAUGGAGAUUUGAAAAAUUCGGCGACUGUCGAAGGAGGAAAAUUGCGGACUGAGUCCAAAGACGGAAAAGCAGCCCUCCUUGGCAAAGUGAGAAAAACCGAGGGUGAUGGAGGUCUCGAUUUUUCUUCGCAGCUGGAUGCGUAUCAACGUUAUGGAAGAAAGAAAGACGACUCCGACGCUAAGAUGAAAAGGAAAAUGAAAACAGAAUGGAAAUCUCGGAGGGGAAAAUUCUCCGGAGGAAAAUCCAAUAAGCAUCGAGGACAUAACGGGGAAGACGAUGAUGAUGCUGGGGAAGCUGACGGACUCGAUGCAGACGAAAAAGGAAUUGUCGAAAGCCUUCCGAGCUGCUUGAGCAUCUCUGCAACCGAAAGUGAGGAAUUACCGCUUUCACACGACGGUCGUUGGCUGCGUAGACACUUCAAGAAGCCCUUGACACACGCUUUGAGAGAUAUAGCGAAUAAAAAACCAGCCGAUCCUGUUGGCUACCUUGCCUUUUGGCUGCGGAAAUAUCGCAGUAACGAGGAACACUGGCAACGGAAACAGCAGUUUGAAAACGAGCUGCGUCGGUUGAGAAUUGAGCCGAUGCUCCAGCCCGAGGAACCCAUCGAAGACUUAGAGAUGGAGUAUUCAGUAGGAGAAGAAGGUGGCGGGAAUACUGAUUGGAAUUACCAAAAUUAUCAUCCUACAACUCCAGAUCUAGAUCCCGCGGAAACUUGUACGAAAUGCCGAUUUGAGGAUGGAGAUUCGAUGCCGAUGCUCCGCGGCAUCAUUCUUAUUGUAGAAUGACGAGGAAGAGGAGGAGGAGACGGAUGAUGGAUGAUUAGGUAUUUGAGCCGAGGAGACGCGGAGAGUGAGAGAGGAAGGAAUUAGGAAGAAGAUGAAGAAACUAAGUGUGAAAAUGAGAACAGCAAAGACGAAAGUAUAACGUUCUGUAAUUUUUUUUUUAUAGAUAUUUGCACAGUCGGUGCGGAUCGUUGCGUCGUAUUUAAACUGCGAUGACAAAGGACUGGAAAUUUUUUUAAUUUUUUUAACCCGCAAAUCUUUCACGCGUUAUUAUCAUCUCGCCGAAGUGGUAAAAACAAAUCUGUAUCGUUCUAAUAUAUAUUAUAAUCGAAUUUGUGGUGCGGCAGAGCGGUUUCUGUGCAGGGUGCAAGUGCAAUGAAUAAUACGAAUAAUAAUAAUAACAACAACAAUAAUAGUAACAACAACAACACUUAUACCGAAAGUAAUUUUAGACGACGAUGAUUCUCCUCGUCUAUUUUAGUUUCGUGUAGUGCUGGUGGUGUUGGUG